AUGAAGUUUGCUCUUGCUGCGGCGGCCCUUUUGGGGACCGCGUUGGCGGAUGUUGACCCCAUUGUCAUCAAGGGCUCGAAAUUCUUCUACUCGAGUAACAAUACUCAAUUCUACAUCCGCGGCGUCGCCUACCAACAGGACUACUCCACCAACGGCACAACCUCCUCCUCCUCCAGUAGCAGCACAAGCUACAAAGACCCGUUGGCCGACAGCACAUCCUGCACACGCGACGUGCCCAUCCUGCAAGCCCUAAACACAAACACCAUCCGCGUCUACGCCGUCGACCCCACAGCCGACCACUCCACCUGCAUGAGCCUCCUCGCCGACGCCGGGAUCUACGUCAUCGCGGACCUCUCGGACCCGACGGAGUCGAUUAAUCGCGAUGAUCCGCGCUGGGAGACGGCCCUCUACACGCGGUACACGGGUGUGAUUGACGCCCUGGCGAACUAUACGAAUACGCUGGGGUUCUUUGCGGGCAAUGAGGUGAGUAAUACGGUUGAUACGACGGAUGCGAGUGCGUUUGUCAAGGCUGCGGUUCGGGAUAUGAAAUCGUACAUCAAGAGCAAAUCCUAUCGGUCCGGAUUGGGAGUCGGGUACGCGACGAAUGACGACAAGGAUAUCCGCGUCAACAUGGCGGAUUACUUCAACUGCCAGGAGGAAGACGAGGGGAUUGACUUUUGGGGGUAUAAUGUGUACUCGUGGUGCGGGGACAGCUCGUACAAGGCGAGCGGGUACGAGGACCGCACGGAGGAGUUUCGAAAUUAUAGCGUCCCCGUCUUCUUUGCCGAGUAUGGCUGCAAUGAUGUGCAGCCAAGGACGUUUACGGAGAUUGAGACGCUCUUUGGGGAUACGAUGGCGGAGGUUUGGUCUGGGGGCAUUGUUUAUAUGUAUUUCCAGGAGGAUAAUGAUUAUGGCCUGGUCUCCGUCGUCGACAGCACAAGUGUGUCCACAAUGGCCGACUACAAGUACUACUCCAGCCAAAUAAACGCCGUCUCCCCCUCCGGCACAAACAAAGCCUCCUACACACCCACAAACACCGCGCUCCAAACCUGCCCGUCCGUGAGCGCCGGCACCUGGCUCGCAAAAGCCUCGCCCCUCCCGCCAACCCCCAACACCUCGCUGUGCUCCUGCAUGGACGCCUCAAACGCAUGCGUCGUCGACUCCUCCGUCUCGUCGUCCGACUACGCUGACCUCUUCUCCGUCGUCUGCGGACUGACGGAUUGCACGGGGGUUACGGCAAAUGCGACGACGGGGAACUAUGGCGCGUAUGGAAUGUGCAAGCCGAAGGAGCAGCUGAAUUGGGCGCUGAAUAAGUAUUAUUCGGAGCAGGGGGUUGCGUCGGCGUGUGAUUUUAGUGGGAGUGCGAUGACGACGAGUACGGCCUCUGCUACGGGGUCUUGUUCUUCGAUGUUGAGUGCGGUUGGCACUGAUGGCACGGGGACGGUUUCUGCGACGGGCACUGGGGCUAGUGCGUCUGCGACGGAGACGUCGGGGGCCGGCAGGGUUGUUGUUGGGGGUGCGCUUGCUGGACUGUUGAGUCUGCUUUGA